AUGAUCUCAACACGAGAGGACGAUUGGCGUGGAAUCACAGACCCCAUCGAAAGACGGAAACGGCAGAAUCGUCUUCGGCAGCGAAUCUGGCGUGACAAGAAAAAGGCCAUCGAGGACAGAUCAGGCGAACCGGAAGCUCUCGGUGAUUCCUGGAUCGGAUAUGGUCUCCUAGUAACGGCAAGACAACCUAGACCUGGCCCGCCCCCCGAUGCCGAUGUUCCCUUGGAGUUGGUCCGCCCUAGUGGGAUCACUUACCACUCUUUCGACAGCUAUCCAGCUUUCACCAGCAAGCCCACAAGGGAGGUAGUUGUGCCUGGACUGGUGCCUUACGCAACCGAUGAGUGGCUCAAGAAAGGCCCGAUACAGGUUGUCUUCCCACUUUCCCCAGACCACCGCUUAAUCACUAUGAUCCAAUACAAUUGCCACCGGGCGGGGUUGAUGAAUAUGGCGAUCCUCCGUCUUCUCGACUGCCUCCCUGACGAGUGCAACGGUUCACGAGCAUUUAUCCCUCUCAGCCUUUUCCCACCUGAGACCGUUCCCCCUAAUCUCCAACCCACCCAACUCCAACAGUCUACACCGCACCCGUACUGGAUCAAGGUUCUUCCCUUUCCAAGGAUGCGGGACAACCUCAUCCGCCUCUCAGGCACUUUCGACAGCCGGGAGUUCAACUACGAUAUGGGAAAGAACUUGUACGAGGGUUUCGAUAGCCUAGAGCAUCGUGGUUGGCUGGUCUGGGGGGAGCCGUGGUCUGCUUCCGGAUGGGAGGCGAGCGAGGGCUUCAUCCAGAAAUGGGGGUUCUUGCUUGAAGGAUGUGGUGAAUUGAUCACUGCAACGAACCGCUGGAGAGCAAGUCGGGGAGAGGAUCCUCUGGUCAUAGAGGUUUGA